CCUCUCCGACCGACCAUCAGUGCAGGGCAGCCAUGUUUACCGUCAAGGCGACAUAUCGCAACGAGACCCGCAAGUUUACCUUCCCAGAGUCCUCUUUCCCGUCAUAUGAGCAGUUAUUCCAUCAGUUGUACAGAGUCUUCCCUAUUUCCCAUUCGUUCUACUUAUCCAGGUUGCUCUUCAACCCGAAUAAUCACACUACCUCGCGCAUCCUUAUCGGCGUGGAAGCCCACUCUGCCGAGCAGUACAACUCGCACAUAGCCCCCUAUCAAGGGCUCGCCUGGCCUGGCGCGUUGCUCAAGUUCUCCGUCUUUGACGAGACCCCGCACAAGUCCCCCGCAACUACGUCAGCCAACCGCCUCAGCAUGUUGUCCACCGUCGAAUCCGAGUACACGAGCGCCUCCAGCUCCCAGGGCGCUACGCUGGGUUCCACGGCCACCCUCGUCGACGUCCCGCAGGUGGGAAGCCGCACUCGCAGGCGCGAGGAACGCAGGCAGCUGCUCGAGCGCCUCCGCGAAGGCACCACGAAUCGCUCCGGCGCCAGCACGAUUGUCCCGCCGUCGCCGCCGAGGUCCCCACCGAGAUCGCCACGCAGGACCUCGCCUGCUCAGCAGUCGUCGAGGCCGCUUCCACGUCGUCCGUCAUCAGGCGGCGCUGGGAGCAGUCGCACUGCAAGACCUUCUCUGUUCGAUCUGCUGAUUCAAGAGAAUGUAGCGCCGGAGCGCAAGCCUGCGAUGGAUGAGUCAGCGAGACCGUCUUUGUUUGACUUGUUGCAACAAGAGUCACCGAGAGUACGAGAUCUCGAGGUCGUGGAGCCUGUUUGCUCGUAUCGGGGGAGCUUGUCUGACAUCUCGUUCCCGGAACAGCCAUCAUCUGUUCGGGUGCCGUCGCCCGAGGAGAACCGCAGGCCCGCAGCUGGCCAGGCGUUCGUGGCGCCUGCGGAGUGGUCACCUCCCAUCAUUCCGGUGCCCCCAGUUCUGUUUGACGCGAAUGCUACCGUCAAUGAGCACCCGUCGCCGUGCAUCCGUACUCCUUUGUGUGUGCCGAGCCCGCCUCCUGCAUGGUUGUUCGCCAGAAGUCCUAGCCCCAUACGCGGAUCUUCUGAGAUACCUCAAGCGCGCGAUCCUACUUCUUGUUGCUCAGUCUCGCAAGGCAAGGCCGAUGUCAAGGCGAUUGUGGAGAACUUCAUGAUUGAUCUCGACCAUUCGAUGAAGACUGCUUUUGGUGCUGACUGGAAUGUUAACAUGCAGCACUUGGAGACGCACAGCGCUCGCGGCAGUCCUACGUUACCUGGAGGGUGUGGCGCGACCUGGGUGCCUCCGCCUCCACCUCCUCCGCCAGGAUUAUUCCCGUCGAGCAAUGCUGGCGGAUUAUUCCCGUCGAGCAAUGCGUAUCAGCCCAAGUAUUUUCCCCCACCUCCGCCACCGCCCGCUUCAUUCCCUCCUGGCUUUUUCCCCUACUAUACGACGCAUGUCCUUGAGCCCCAGGGCGCUCCGCAUCGUCAUCUGCCAACGCCUCCUCCUGCGAUCAACGCUCUUCCGCCUCUGCCGCCGCCGCCGAUGUUCGGGAAUCCUCAGGAUGCGAUGAAGAGCACGUUUUGUUCGCAGUUUGUGCCGGCUUCUUCGCUCCCGCGGGCGAUAUCCCGCACUGGUAGUGCUUACUCAAGUCCGGCCGUCGAAAACAGGCAGGUGCAAGAACGAAUAAUUAUUCAUCGUGGUAUAACCUGUGAUUCGUGCAACGAGCGUAACUUCAGCGGCAUGAGAUACAAGUGCCUUAAUUGCGAAGAUUUCGACUUGUGUAGCAAAUGCAUGUCGUCGCCUGAUGCAGUAAGGCAGCAUGACGAUCGUCAUACGUUCCUUCCGAUCAGUGCCCCUGACGAUAUCAAACAUCUGACGCAUCACGGAGUUGUGUGUGACGUCUGUCUCAAGCGAAACUUCAUUGGAACGAGGCACAAAUGUCUGGACUGCGAUGAAUACGACCUCUGCACAGCUUGCAUGUCCUCGCCUGAGUUGAGAAAGCGGCAUGACCUCUCGCACAGAUUCUUCCCCAUUUACAAGCCAUCGGACAUCAGCGCCUUUUCCCACGCGCGCGAAGAGAUUGCGCCUUCAGCUGAGGUGGCUACUCCCGCCUCCGAGACUCCCAGGAUGGCCCUGCCAGUGCAUCGCAAUGUCCGUUGCGAUGCGUGCAAUGGCGAGGUCGUCGGAGUGCGCCACAAGUGUCUUGAUUGCGCUGAUUUUGACUUGUGCACUUCGUGUAUUGAGAAGCCUGGUGUUCGCGAGCAGCAUCACCCGUCGCACCAGUUCUUCAUGAUUGACAAGCCCGGUGAGGUUAUCGUGCACUAUGUUUUCGAUGGCCAAGGCGAACGCGAGUCCAACGAGGCGUCAACGAGGACCGUAGCGACAGAACAGGCAAUUCCCACGGCGACAGAGGCUCCCAAGGGGGUCAUCGAGCCUGUUGCUCAUUCAGCGGAAUGCAAUAUGUGUGACUCGAGGAUCAUCGGUGACCGAUACAAAUGCUUGAACUGCCCGGACUUUGACACUUGUUCGAGCUGCUUCCAGAUCACCAAAGAGCAGCAUCCGCACCACGGGUUCGUGUUGAUUCGCAAGCCGGAGGACCUCUUCGUCCGCAACGCGCUUGGCAAAGAUGUGCUUUACAAUGCUGUUUGCAAUGUCUGUGGCAGUCGCAUAGCCGGCGUUCGCUACAAGUGCAUGAGCCCGUCUUGCCUGGACUUUGACCUCUGCCAGGACUGUGAGGCUCUACCCUUCCCAGCACAUCCGCUGGCGCACCCAUUGCUCAAGAUGAAGACGGCGGAUACGUUGGUUCCGCUUGUUCACAAGCCUCUCCAGAUGGUGUCGAAGGCAACGGAAGUCACCGAUGAAGUCGGCCGUUCGUUGUCAUACGCUAGUACGCAGCAGAGCCCCGUAGACGAGGGUGAGGAGGAAGCGCGCCGGCUGCGUCUGCAGACUAUCCGCGAUGCUCUUGACCAGCUGGCGAUCUUCAACACUCAAACGGCGCCUGCCAUGAUGCCUUUGGAAGAGUUGGAGACUGCGAAGCCGGAUCAGUCGCCUCUCAUGCGUGAUCUCAGCGAGAUCAACGUUGACGAGGCGGAGUCUGCGAAGGACGAAACUCCCGCUACCUCUCUUCUGCACAACUUCAAGAUACCGAGCUCCGGUCUGCUCAGCCCGACAAACGACGAGGCCAUGGCUUCUCUGGAUCGCUCUUCCGUGAGAACGCUGGCUUCGAUUAUCAAGGCUAAGUAUCCUGAGAAUCAGAGUACAUCCGUUGGACAAUCGGUCGCUUCCUCGUCUGAAUCACUCAUCGACUUGGAUGAGCCCAGUAAUACGCAGAAUGCACAGGCUGGGAAUAGUGUCCCGGGUGGGGUGAUGACUCCGCUGGAAGCGGGUGCGUCCACACCAGCGUCCGUGCCUCGUCUCGGUCCCGUGAACAAUGAAUGGCGUGAGCUCUGGCCUGAGUUGACGACUAUGCUCAAGCACUUGCUGCAGCCCCCGACGCCGAACGGUGUGCCGAACCUGACGCGCGAAGAGGGUAUGCCAGGAGGAAUGGUUGUGGAGGAAUCGAAGACGGACGAAAGUGUGCAGGCGAAGCCCGAGGACGAGUACCCGAGUGCCGCUGUUGAAGGGUCAACAUUGGGCGGCGAGCCACUUUUGUGCAGGCCGCUUGGUCCCCGUGCAAGUGACAGGCUGGAGAACGUCCGCUCGAACGUCCAGCGCGUGAGUGACUACUUCACUGCAUCGUCUGCUGGCGAUAGCGAAGGGCACUCGGCAGAGCCUUCGCUGCAGGCAUCGAUUGGCCUGCAGCCUCUGCAUGCGACGUUCGUCUCCGAUGGCAACAUUCCGGACGGCCAGAUCUUCCCGCCCGGUGCUGAGUUUGUGAAGUCGUGGAGGAUGGCGAACCAGGGCUCUAGGGACUGGCCCGAAUCCACUGAGCUUGUGUUCGUCGCUGGCGACCGCAUGGCCCCGCACGGUAAUUCCCCGAGGAAGGUGAAGGUCGGCGCGGUGAAGGCAGGCGAAGAAGUCGAGAUCGUUGCUGGGGAGAUGAAGGCACCUGAGACUCCGGGAAAGUAUGUCAGCUACUGGAGACUGAGCGACGGAGAAGGCAAUCAAUUUGGCCACAGUGUCUGGGUCGACAUCGCUGUUGCCGAGAUCACGAUGGCGAUGUCCACACUCUCCACCGAAGACAGUUCGCUCGCGUCGUCCUCCGUGAUUAUGCCUCACUCUGCGCAGGAUCGUGAUGUCAUGCCCGACGCCGCUGCUAUUCGCGAACGCGCAGGUACAGUCAGCUCCGUCCCGACGACGUCCUUGACGAUUCCGUCUGGGCCACCUUCGGAGGACGGUUCAUCCGAGUCGUCUGCCUCGCUCGUGGAUGCUCCCGCCUCGUCUGUUUCGGAAGAAGAUGAAGUCGCGUAUGAGCUUAGCAGGUCUCAAAUUGCGCCCGCUGCUCGUCAGCAGGAGAUAGAGUACGUGAUGUUGUAUGACAGUUCCGAGUCGGAGGAGGAACCCGAACGAGAGGAGGAACGAAAGUAAGUGUACGUCGUCGCUGCUGCUGGAUUGCUUGGUCGAGUGGGUCGUUAUGGACGUUCUUGAUGUACAUUAAGUAUCUUGGGUGAUGUUGAGUGUGUGUGUGUGUAAAGCAGGAGAAUUGUGCAAUAUACUGUGCUUGGUGAAGAAAGUA